CCAGAACUAGGACACUGGCCAUCGUGUAACAACAAAACAAGUUGGCUAUACUUGACCAAAGCUGGGUACUUUUUUUUUCUUUUUUUUUUCCUAACAAACUACAGACAUCUUCCUGUAACAACUUUUACAUUAGUUACUGAAGCUGCCAGCUAUAGCACUGUGCUACAUUAAUUAGCAUUGGGAGUGCUUGGGCAGAAAGUGUCUUGGCCAAGGUAAUGGCAGCGCAGUCUGGUGUCACCACAAGACUCCAGUCCAGAAAAGCUCGUGAGAUGGCCAGCCGUCAUGGAAAGGAAGUGAAACGCAAGACGAAGGACAAGCUGGUGGACAUUGAGGAGGAGAACUGCAUUGGCGCCCAGUACAGCCGCCGGUCUUUCCCUCUGCAGCAUGUGAACGACCAUUGCUUUAAGGAGAUCAAGAAAACGUCCAAGACAGAAUCCUCUGCUAAACAGAAGAGGACGUUGAGUGUGAUAGGUGAGAAUACAGAAAAGGGACAGAAUGCAGGCCAGAAAUCUCUACAGCAACAAAGAGUUAUCUCCAAAAUAAAGUCUGGCAAUUCCAAGUAUCGACAAGUGAAAGAUGAUUUGCUGUUGGUGGAUGAUCUGGAGCUCUUCAAGGCUUCUCAUGAUGCCACGUCAGUGUUUCCAAUGGAUACCGAGGUCUACGCCUCUGUGGAUACCAGUAUGAUGGAUGUAAGCAGGGGCGUGCCUUAUGAUGUUGACGACAUCGACUUCGACCCGAACUGUUUGAAGACAACCGUGUACUCACAGGAUAUCAUCAAGUACAUGAUGUAUUUGGAGUCUCGCAACGUUCUGAAACCCGACUUCCUGAACAACAGCCCAUCCAUAACUACAAAGAUGAGAGGCGUCUUGAUGGAUUGGCUGCUUCAAGUUCAGAAUCAUGAAGAACUCAAAGAUGAAACUCUUCACCUGUGCGUGGAUUUGAUCGAUCGAUUCCUCAGUGUGGUCAAUGUGGAGAUGCCGAAGCUGCAGCUGGUUGGAAUCAGUUGUCUGCUGAUUGCGUCCAAAUUCAUUGAGAGAUUCUCUCCCGAGGUUUCAACACUUUGCUACCUCACGGACAACACUUUUGUCAAGUCGGAAGUUCUCCUCUACGAGAGACUGAUUCUAAGUACGCUCAAGUUUGAUCUGUCCAAACCAGUGUGUGUGACUUUCCUGGAUCGCUUCCUCCAGGCCCACAAUCAUCCGAUAGAGGUCGAGUACCUCGCCAAAUAUCUGCUGGACUUGACCAUAACCAGCGCCCACCUGAUGCCCAUCUUACCCUCACUGAAGGCAGCUGCUGCCCUCUAUCUUUCACGUUUGCUUCUCCUGGACAGAGUUCCGGUGUGGACCCGAAACCUGCAUUACUACACCAGCUACAGCCAAGAGUCGCUGAUGGACAUGGUCACCGAGAUGGUCAAUCUACUGUUGAAAGUACGAGCUUCGAAAAAUCAGGGCGCUAAGAAUAAAUACAACACUGAGCACUACAAAUUUAUCAGUACCAUCAACCGAGUCGCUGACGUUGAAUGGAGUUUGUUAAGCCAGUUCGGAGAUGCAAGGGACGCUAUUCAGUAAUCUAAUUAAUGUGCAAUUUAUGUUACAUGUUUCUAUUACCUCCCUGUCAGCAUUUAUAAAUAAAUCAUUUACACUACAUAAUCUCCAGAAGUUGUAUUUUUGUUCGUUUGUUUGUUUGUUUUUAAUCACUG